CGGACCCUGCGCCCAAUAGGAAAGAGUUACGUCCUUCGACGCGGUUUCCUCACCCUGGCAACAGGCGAGUGACUGGUUCCGGUGCUGCGAGGGCUCUGCUGUUGCGGGGUGAUUCCUCUUCUGAGUUUAUUUGUUGUUGGAAAUAUGCAAUUUUUUCAGUAGAAGAUGAUAAUUGUGGAGAAUGAUCAUGGAGAAGGGGAUGAGUUCAGCAGAAGGUCUGCCUUCCAAAUCACCUCAGGUUAUGGCUGUUAAGGUAACAGCUAAAGAGCAUGAAACAAAACUACCCCAUAAAGAGAAGCGUGUAGGAUUUGUCUUGGUGCAUGCAGGUGCAGGUUAUCACUCUGAAUCCAAAGCUAAAGAAUAUAAACAUGUGUGCAAAAGAGCCUGUCAAAAGGCCAUUGAACAACUACAGGCUGGUGCUCUUGCAACAGAUGCAGUGACUGCAGCUCUAGUUGAACUAGAGGAUUCCCCUUUUACAAAUGCAGGAAUGGGUUCCAAUUUAAACCUUUUGGGUGAGAUAGAAUGUGAUGCCAGCAUUAUGGAUGGAAAGUCCUUAAAUUUUGGAGCGGUUGGAGCACUGAGUGGAAUCAAGAAUCCAGUUUCAGUUGCAAAUAGAUUGUUGUGUGAAGGGCAGAAGGGAAAACUCUCUGCUGGCAGAAUUCCUCCCUGCUUUUUAGUUGGAGAAGGAGCCUAUAGAUGGGCAGUGGAUCAUGGAAUACCCUCUUGUUCUCCAAGUGUUAUGACUACAAGAUUCAGUCUAGCAGCCUUUAAAAGAAACAAGAGGAAGUUAGAGCUGGCAGAAAGGGUGGAAACAGAUCUCAUUCAACUAAAGAAAAGAAGACAAUCAAGUGAAAAGGAAAAUGACUCAGGAACUUUGGAUACAGUUGGUGCAGUAGUUGUUGAUCAAGAAGGAAAUGUUGCUGCUGCUGUCUCCAGUGGAGGUCUAGCUUUGAAACAUCCUGGGAGAGUUGGUCAGGCUGCUCUUUAUGGAUGUGGUUGUUGGGCUGAAAAUACUGGAGUUCAAAAUCCUUACUCCACAGCUGUGAGUACCUCAGGCUGUGGAGAGCACCUUGUACGUACCAUACUGGCCAGAGAAUGUUCACAUGCUUUGCAAGCUGAAGAUGCCCACCAAGCUUUGCUAGAAACUAUGCAAAACAAGUUCAUCAGUUCACCUUUCCUAGCCAGCGAAGAGGGUGUACUAGGAGGUGUGAUAGUUCUUCGAUCUUGUAGAUGUUCUGCAGAACCUGACUCCUCACAAGAUAAACAGACCCUUCUAGUGGAGUUUCUAUGGAGUCAUACAACUGAGAGCAUGUGUGUUGGAUAUAUGUCAGCCCAGGAUGGCAAAGCCAAGACUCAUAUUUCAAGACUUCCUCCUGGUGCUGUGGCAGGACAGUCAGUGGCAAUUGAAGGAGGAGUUUGCCGACUAGAGAGCUCAGUGAAUUGAACCCCUCUGGCUCAGCAUGAAGUGUUUAAAUAGCACUUGGGAGCCUGAGCUGGUUUUUAACAGAUAUUGGGUAUUUUAUUCUCAUUUUAUCAUUCUUAUUGCAACCACGUGCACCAUAACUUGAGACACAAGUGCUGCUGUAGUCUCUUCUCUUAGUGAUGUGUGAGUGUGUGAUAGUGCAAGGGUGUGACUAUGUGAGCAAAUGUGUGUGUGUUUUCCCCUAAUGGAAUAGAAUCUCGUUUUCCUCAUUGUGCAAAUAAAAACCAGGUAUGAUUAAAUUAACAUCAUAAAACUUAUACAAUGUUUACAAAAAUGAGCUAAAUUUGCAGGAAAAACAUUUUGAUUUAUUAAAACUGUAGCAACUGUCUUUCCUGUUAAGUUUGAGAUGAACAGACUUCAUAGCUAGUUGUUUAUAUAAUUGAACAGUGGUUGUGCUACAUUUAUUAUAAUAAUUAAUGAUAAAGGUUCUUUAUUUUUUAAUGGUUUAAGUGAAUCCAUUGGUGACUUAAACCCUUAUUCUCAUCCCUAAUACAGGGCAUUUUUCUUUAACAAAAGAAUGGUUUCAGUGAAACAAUCUAGCCAAGAAUUAAGGCCAGACCUUUUUAAAACUAGUCUUAUGAUAAAGGUUGUACCUCUUUCCUCAAGCUUUUAUAAGCUUAAAUGUUGCAUAGCUUCAAGCUCUAUGUACUAUAUUAUGAAUUUACCUAAAGAUAGAGUACAGUAAUGCACAGUCUUUAGUUUGUGUAUAAUGGAAUAUUAUUUGCAAUGUUACACUGUAAAUAUGACAACAAAGUUUAUGGAGAGAUUCAAUAUUAUCUUUGUUUCUUGUUUAAAUAUAUUUUUAAGACAAAGGUGCAAAAAUAAA